ACGCCCACGCUCUCUCUCUCUCUCUCUCUCGUUCUGCCGAGCAGUAAAAACUCCGGUGCAGAGCCACUCUACCAUGUGAGGAGCUCAGCUCCGCUCUGGAGCAGCGUGGAAGGGCCUCCUAUAAAACCCAUUUCCCUUCCACCGUCGCUGCACACAGACUGCACUGCGCCACCACCAUAUCCGAAAUAGCUCAGCUCAGCCUCAGCUGCACUUCCCACCGAGCUCGGCUGGACUGGUGACACGGUUACACACGCCAUGGCUCCCCUGCUCUUCAAGGACAUGAGGAGCCUCUCGUGCUCGUCGCCGGCGUCAACCGCCAUAUGCCCCAGCCUGGAGCGGCAGCCCAUCUUCCGCCCGCAGAAGCCCGGCGCCAGCCCGCUCUUCCAGGUGGUUCCCGCCGAGCCCAGAGCCCACAGGCAGGACGGCAAGAAAGGGCACCACCACCACCACCGGCCUGGCGCUGCCAAGGGCGACCUCGUCAGCCCGGCCGGCUCCUCCAGGUUCCUGCUCAGCGGGUGCGCCGCCGUCGACGAGAUCCAGGAGGUGGCCACGGCGCCCCCGGCUGCUGCCCCCGGUGGUGAUGUCAGAAGGGAGGAGCCGGCUGCUGCUGCUGAUGUGAAGAGCACGGACUCUACGCAGGAGCAGGUGGUGGUGCUGAAGGUGUCCCUGCACUGCAAGGCGUGCGCCGGCAAGGUGAAGAAGCACCUCGCCAAGAUGGAAGGUGUUCGGACGUUCAGCAUCGACUUCGCGGCGAAGAAGGUGACGGUGGUGGGGGCCGUGACACCGCUCGGCGUGCUCGCCAGCGUCUCCAAGGUCAAGAACGCGCAGAUCUGGGAGGCGGCGCCGGCGCCGCCGCCGCAGCCCGCCAUGGCCGCCUAGCUCGCCGAAUAGGCCGACCGGGCGGACCAAGAAGAAGCCUAGGAUUCCGACGGGUCCUGGUCCAUGGUAGGUAGAGGUAGCCGUAUGUGUACUACUACGUGAGCAUGUCAGCACGGACGUCAGUACUCGGUGGGGGGGCCGGCAGGCAGCCGCUGACGGAGGCCAGGCCGUGCCGGCCGGCCGGCACGCUGGACCAGCGGCGAGCGGACGUGGCGCUGUGCGUGACACGGGUGCACAUGCAUGUCGUUCGUCGUGGGGCGCGGCGCUCCCCCAACGGGCAGAAGCUGCCGUUGGUGCUGUGGAUCGGUGUUGGUGUUGGUCUCGUGAUGUUUUUGUUUGGUUGUGUUCGGCGCGUGGUGUUUCUUCUCUUGUCAUCAGACUCGGACCGUGCGUGUGUGGCUCUGUUCGUUUCAUCUUCUCUGCUGUGAUUUUUUUUUUUUGCGGGAAUGCUGUGAUAUAUUUUCAAAAUAAGUGACUUAAAAAUAACUUUA